AUGACUUUCUCUAGAGGAAUAGAGCUCUGUUCAUCUCUUAACAUAAGGCCAGCCUCCUUCUCUACUGGUAUGCUACUGUCAGAGGAGAAAUUCAACUCACUAGACAUAGCCUCACUAUUGUCAAUGGGGAUUCCAGUCAUCCUGCAUCAAACAGAGGCAUCUUUAGAAAAUAAGAAAAUUAAGGACAUAAACAGAGAUAUGAAAGAAAAUGGUCAGCAUGGGUUGGAGAUAAGACAGCUGACUGUUGGGAGUGUUGGGAGUUGGAGUACCCGUCAACAACCAGCGACAAGUGGCAGUCAACGACAGCGCCAUUUGCAAUUUGUUGGUCAAAUUGAGACUUGA